AUGCCGUCUCUAGAAGAACCCAAGAGUUUCAGCUGGGCUGAACAGGUGGAACAAGGCGAAGAUGGUGCCCUUCCACCCUCUUCAGAAGACAUUGAUGAAGCAAAGGGGUUAAAAGUGAUCACAGAUUUUAAAUACAAUGAAGAAGGAAAGAUGAUGAAGGUAGUGAAAACCUAUAAAAUUGAGCACAGGCGAGCUCCAAAGACUGUUGCUAAGAGGAAAAAUUGGCGAAAGUUUGGUGCAGCUGAGAAUGAUCCACCUGGUCCAAAUUCAGCUAACACUAUAGUACAAGUGGAAGAGAUCCCGAUGCAGUUUGUCCACAAUGAAGAGGAACAGUCAGAACAGGUGGAAGAUCCUCUGAAUAAGUUGAAGGCACAAAAGUUGGUGUCUUGUCGUAUCUGUAAGGGAGAGCAUUGGACUACCAAAUGUCCAUACAAAGACACCCUUGGACCUCUCCAGGAAAAACUUCAGGAUGACAAGCCAGCAACUCCAGAUGGAGCAGCACCACCUGGUGGCCAGGCAGCAGCUGCAGCUGCUGGAGCAGCUCCAGCUGGGAAGGGACCGACAACGGGUGGCAAAUAUGUGCCACCUAGUUUGAGAGAUGGAGCUAAUAAGGGAAGAGGAGAGACAAUGCAGAGUAAAAGAGAUGAGUCGGCCACUAUUCGAGUGACCAAUCUGUCUGAGGAUACAAGAGAAUCUGAUCUCCAGGAACUCUUCAGACCAUUCGGCCCCAUACAGAGGAUUUACUUGGCAAAGGAUAAAAACACAGGCCAAUCUAAGGGAUUUGCUUUCAUCAACUUCCACCGCCGGGAAGAUGCAGCAAGAGCCAUUACAGGCGUUUCAGGCUUCGGCUAUGAUCAUUUAAUUCUCAACGUAGAAUGGGCCAAACCAUCAGGCACAAGUUAGACUUGAAGAGGAGAGACAACCUUAAACAACUUUCAUGGCUAAAAGAAUCAGUGCUAUGUAUUGUAUUGACAAUAAAUUAUGGAACUGGACAAAA